AGCUCAUGCCUGAACUCUGGACAUUCCUUCUACUAGGCGAAAGUAAACAUCACGAACCGCAUCUCAGCCUUCCCAGGCAUUUGGAUGGAUAGCAAUUGAACCUUGAGUACUAGAUAACCAACAAGUGGAGGGCCUCAAACCAGAAGCCAAAAGUCAAAGUCCAAGCUCGCCCGCCUCGCAUAUCCUCCCGUGAGGAGCUAGAUCCGAACGGGCUCCAACCCCCCCGUUGAUGAGCUCUUCAUGCGAGCAGAGUGGCUGCUAGCUAUGACCAUAGAUGACCAGAUGGGCACACCAUGCGCGACUUUCCCCUUUAGACGACUGAACCCCUGCUCGCCUUAUUCUCUUUGUGCAUAUCUAUUCCUAGAGUGGAGUUCCGAUGGGCACAGAGAGACCAUCUUUUGACCGACUCUCCCCAUUGGCUUCUCUAAGCGCAGUCGCUGCCUCUGGUGCCAUGGCAUGCUCGUCGUGCAUGAUGCAAAAAUAGAAACAAGACGAUGGGAAGCCAUCAUCGAAUCGACGUGUGAAGGGCCACGAGAGAAGCGGCCAAAAUAUAAGGAUUUAGCCCUCCAGCAGCCGCCCAAGAAUUUUGCCCUCUUUCUUCUUCGUUAUGUUCAGAGAUUCCAAGUGUCGCCCAAGGUUCUCUUGAUCCCCUUUCCUCUCUUACCGCCCUCCUCAAGCCCUUUCUAUUGCCCGCAUCAAUCUUUACAAUAUCCAGUUACAAGCAAGCCGGACUUGCUUCGAACCAGUCAAUCAUUACUACGCAAUUUCCCAAAAGGACAUUUCGAUUCGAAACGAAACGGAAUAACGAACGAUACGUUGUAGUCUGACACGUUGGCCUGGCUGCCACUUACACGACUGCACACAAAAUCAAACAAUUCGCUCAGUGAUCCAUAUUGAUCCUGACCGAUACAAUAACACUAAUUUAAUUUUCGACUUGUUUAAACGGACUUGACAACUUCGGAUUCGAUAUCCCCCGGUCACAUUUCCCAACGCCCAACCUCUUGGCUUUCGCUUCUGGAUCCUCAGCCCAGUUUAAAGCAAAAAUACAAGCAAAGACAAUUUCUCCAUCCCGUCCCGCUUUGAUCGACUCCACAUUCGACUAGGCCCGGGUUCUGAGUACAGUGUGCAUCUGGUCCCUGAUUACACAGUACCACUCCCCCCUUGUCGAUCACACACCCCUCCUGGUCCCCUACCACGCCAAUACUCUAAGGACCAAGCAUCGCAGCCUACAAAUGUCUAUGCUGCCCCCCGACCAUCGCAAAGGCGUGUCGCGAGCAACUGGAAGCACCGUCAACAUGACUGUAUCACAGUCUUCAAAGGCCAAACCGGCCUCCAAAGCCAGCAAUGGCAAGCCAAAGACAAAGACGCAGAUGCAUCGUCGUUCAAGAACUGGCUGCUAUACUUGCCGUUUGCGACGCAAGAAAUGCGACGAGGGAACUCCCAUGUGCACAGCCUGCAAGCACCUCGGCUUGCAAUGCGAGUACAAGCGGCCCAUGUGGUGGAGUAACAACGAUAUGCGAAGGAAACACAAAGAGGACAUCAAGAUGAUCAUCAAGCGCAAGAAGCUCUCUGAGAAGUCAUCACACAACAUCCAGAACUCUGUCACCAGCUCCCCUCCUGGCCUCACACACUCUCUUCCCACAUCAGCCACCUUCACUGAUCCUCUCGACCGUACAAGAUCCGCCUCCAUUGACUCUCAAUUCCCAGCUGCUUUCAACUUCAACAGCCCUCCCAGCGGGAACGAGUAUGGAUUCGGUGCGCCAAUGCACCCCGAGUUCAUGUUUGGCAGCUACUCGCCUUAUGAGAUCGAUGUCAAGACGGAGCGGCAGAUGUUUGUGAACGAUGUGCCCACAGUUCGCGAAUCACACAUCUCCACCUUCAGCACUUACCACACUCCUCCCCCAGCUGGUACUGUUCUGCCCAACGGCCCUCUCGACGGCGAGUGGGCCGAGCAGGUCUUCCAAGAGCGCAAGGAAUCCCUUUCAGAGGAGACCCUCAACUGCAAUUUCUUCGACUUUUCACAUGGCCCUUCUACAGAGUCGAGGCAAGUCAAGAUUGAGUUGGAUGAGAAUGACCAGCGCCUGCUAGACCACUUCAUCCAAUUCGUUCUGCCAACCAUCUUUCCCAUCCUCGAGUCCAAUCAACAUUGCUCAGUCAGCUCAGACCUGAUCCUCCCUGCUCUUCAAUCAAACAGUGCCUACCUUCACUGCUGCUUGAGUGUCGCUGCCCAACACCUCAAAUCACAUAUCAAUGGCUCUACCUCUACCGAUGACAUUGACAACGAUAUCAUGCGCCAUCGCUAUGCCACCAUCUGGGCUCUUUGCGAGGCUCUCAAGAAGGAUGAGAACCACCAACAAAUUCUCGAGGCAACCCUGGGCCUCAUUUUCUUCCAGUCUGUCGUUGGCCGCUAUGACGAUGGCCUUCUCGAUAUUCCUUGGCACCAGCACUUCCAGGCUGCCAUCAGCUUGGUGCAGAAGCUUGACCUUCCCGGAAUUGUCUCUGACCCUACUCGGGCUUCAAUGCAAACCCCCUUCAACAUGUCUCUCUCGUCAUGGAUUGACAUUCUUGGUGCCACCAUGAAGGGCCGCUCACCAACAUUUGCUCACACUUACCGCGAGAAACAUCUUUCUCAGCUCAACCCUAGCCUUGGCUUGCGGGAGCUGAUGGGCUGUGAUGACCGAGUCAUGUAUCUCAUUUCCGAGAUCGCCUGUCUCGAGUCUCUUAAGAAGGAUGGCAUGGAUGACUUCACACUGUGCCAGCAUGUCUCUGCCCUCGGAGAGCAGAUCAGCUUGACCGAGAUGGGUGAUGCAGGCCCCAAGAUGCCUUUCAAUGCCAAUGGCAGCCUUUCACCGAAGCAGCUUUCCAAGAACAUGACCAUGGCUUUCCGCAUUGCUGCUCGCAUCUUCCUCUGCAGCCUGGUUCCUGGAUUCAACCCUAGGCAGCCAUCACCUAUGGGCUUGGUUGAGAAGCUGACUACUGUGCUUCAACACAUUCCCUCGGGCCCCAAUGGGUUUGACCGCAACCUUGCUUGGGUCUACCUCAUUGGCGGCUCCAUCAGUGUUCCUGGUAGCUCAUUCCGUGCAUUCUUCGAGGAUCGCCUGGCUCAGCUGGGCGACUCGGCUAGAUUUGGCACCAUGGGACGUGUAGCCACCCUCCUGCACGAGGUGUGGGUUCAGAAUGAUAGCCUCUCGGGUGUGAGCACACCCGGGUCCACGACGUCUGAGGCGGCCCAGCUGCACAUCCACUGGCGGGAUGUCAUGGAAUCGAAGGGAUGGGACUUUUUGUUGAUCUGAGCACUGCUCUUUGCAAACCUUCUUGGCUGGCCUUUGAAGGGUAGCAGGACCGUGCUGGGUGAGACCAUCAAGUUCUGCUCUAGCCUUCCUUCUUUUCAGUAACAUGAGAGCGGCCAGGACCACCUCAUCAGGCGAAGCAGGCAUUUGCCAGCCGUCGAGGACCAGGCUUGGAAGUGAGACUUCCAUGUCCUACACGAGGGUAUGUUAUUCGCUUACUCCCUGUCCCGAAAGGGCAGAGUUAUCUUUUUCUUUUUUCUUUUUUUCGUUUCACUUCAUAUACAAUGAUACCUACUGGGAUGGGUUACUAGAGGAAGCCGCAAGGCGUUUUGAGAUGAAUGUGGGAGCACAAAGAGCGACACUUGGAUGCACCACACUCGACAUAUUUUGAUAGGGGGACGAGGCGUUAGGGACAUGCAUGCAUAGGACGUUUGGCAGAGGAUACAUGGCCAUAUGCAGGAACAAAUGGGGCGGCAACACGAUGCCGUUUUAGAUGUCAAUUCAUUGGAUUGAAGCGGCUGAGUACCGCGAGACUCGGGAUCACUCGCUAUUGUUUAUUGCUUUACUAUGAUACCAAGCGGGCAAUGGUAUGGGGGAAACGGCGCAAUGAAGGAUCUGGAGUACAUGCGCCGUGAAGGAUGACGAUAUGAAAAGAGAGGCUCUGGGAAGCUGGUUAUGGGCUAGCUCCCAGAAAGGAAGCGGGAUACAGAUAGGACAUUAUGACCUUGCUGAGACAAGGCAGACAAAUGGACAAAGCACUUUAUUGUGACAUUACCACGCACUUGUUUAUUCCCUCACUGCAACGA